CCAGUUCCACUGUUUAUUUAAUGAAUAAAUACAAUGAAUGCAGGGGUAUUCAAAUGUAUGUCUUAAAAUGUACUUCGUAUGGUGGGUUUUAGUUUUUAAAAUACAUUUGGAGAGAUGAGAUGUUUGCAUCUGGUUAUAUCGUAUUAUGCUAGGUUGAUAGCGCGCUAGCUACCAGCCGUGUUUCACUGGCCUCCGUUUCUGCACGGCUCACCUGAUACCAGCCAUGACAAUCUGCCCCGGCAGUGGUUUCUUCUCCAUCCAGAGUGCUUGUGGAAUGGCCGCAGUUUGGCAGCAGGUGUUGGCAGUGGACGCAAGGUAUAAUGCUUACCGCACGCCAACCUUCCCACAGUUCCGCACCCAAUACAUCCGCCGGCGCAGCCAGCUGCUCAGAGAGAAUGCCAAGUGUGGCUAUGAACCAGGUCUGCGCAGGCAGUACCUGAGGCUGCGCAGUCAGCUGCUGGCCCUGCGCUACGGACCCUUGUCCGAGCAGAGCAGCUUCAGGGCCAGCAGUGUGCGCAGCUCCCGCACAACAUUGGACCGCAUGGAGGACUUCGAGGAGGACCCCCGCGCUCAGGGGACCCGCGGUCACCGCCGGUCGGUCAGCAGAGGCUCCUACCAGCUCCAGGCCCAAAUGAACCGGGCCGGCGUCUACGAUGAAAGGCCCCCGGGCAGCUUGGUGCCCACCUCCGUGGCGGAGGCCAGCCGCGCCAUGGCGGGGGACACCACCCUGAGCGAAAACUACGCUUUUGCUGGCAUGCACCACAUAUUUGACCAACACGUGGACUCAGCAGUUCCGCGGUUGCAGUUCGCCAAUGACGACAAGCACCUCCUCGCUUGCUGCUCAUUGGACGGCACCCUGUCCAUCAUGACCCUGUCGCCGCCCCCGGCCAGCGUGAAGGUGAUCCUGAAGGGCCACGGCGGGCCGGUCACCGACUUCGCCUGGUCCCUCAGCAACGACGUCAUCGUGUCGACGUCGCUCGACGGGACGCUGCGCAUCUGGAACACGGAGGACGGGCGCUGCAUCCGAGAGGUCCGGGACCCCGAGUCCAGCGAGCUGCUGUGUUGCACCUUCCAGCCCAUGAACAACAACCUGACUGUGGUGGGGAACAGCAAGCACCACCUCCACGUGGUGAACAUCUCCACGGGGAAGAAGGUGAAGGGGGGCUCCAGUAAGCUGACGGGCCGCGUGCUCUCGCUCUCCUUUGAUGCGCCCGGCCGGAUCCUGUGGGCCGGGGACGACCGGGGGAGCAUCUUCUCCUUCCUGUUUGAUAUGGCCACAGGGAAGCUAACCAAAGCCAAGCGUCUGGUGGUGAGCGAGGGCAGCUCCAUCUGCAGCAUAUCUGCUCGCUCGUGGAUCAGCCGAGAGGCCAGGGAUCCCUCUCUGCUGGUCAACGCCUGCCUCAAUAAGUUACUACUGUACAGGGUGGUGGAUAACGAGGGAACACUGCAGCUGAAGAGAAGCUUCCCCAUCCAGCACGGCUCCCAGCACGUCCACAGCAUCUUCUGCCCCCUCAUGUCCUUCAGACAGGGGGCCUGCGUCGUGACGGGCAGCGAGGACACCUGUGUGUACUUCUUUGACGUGGAGCGCAACACCAAGGCCAUCGUAAACAAGCUGCAGGGCCACGGCGGCCCGGUGCUGGACGUCAGCUUCAACUGCGACGAGAGUCUGCUGGCGUCGGCCGACUCCACUGGCAUGGUCAUCAUCUGGAGGCGGGAACAGAAGUGACCAUGUGGCCCGACGGGCCAGCGCUUCCACGCACUGCAAUACGCUCCUACCCCUUCCAGGCAUACGUCCACACAGGCUCUGGUCUGGUAGCAGCUGGCUUUAGUUAACGCCCACAGGGCAGCACACGUUGAAGGAGGUGGUCUUUUUAGGAAUGGUCUUGUGAAGGAAGGCGAGGAAACACUAAUGCAACAACUCCAUCUGAUUAGCCAAGUUUAACAUGAAUAAGAAGAGAUUGCAGCUCCAAUGGAAACGUGAACCUUAAUCUCCCGCUCUAUCUAGAAUAUGCAGAAUGUGAACCGAAACACAAACCAAUGUUCAACACAUUCCAUUACAAUAUUCAGAGGUCCUCUCUAACAUAGAAGUGAGUCAUCAGUAGGUAUUGGUGAGAGUUAUCCAAUGUUUUUUUGUUUAGCUUCAGCAGUUCUUCUUUGGUGGUGUAGUCUGAUGUGCAUGGCAUUACAUCCAGAACAAGUCCGUACUGACACUUGAAAUGAAUCAUGAAUCAGAAUGUGUGUCUGUGUCUUUGCAUUUGCUGGUUUAAAGUCACAAUAUUGGCAGAUUAAUAUAAUUUAUUUAAUGCAAACAUGAUGAAUAAAUAAACUACUGAAACUUCCUGUAA